AUGCUGUCGGUUCGGGUACUGUAUGUGACAGUACAACUGGUUGCUACAGUACAUUCCGAAUGGGAAAUACCCUUCAACAUCAGCGAACAUUUCCUGAAAGUAAUCGGCGGCUAUCCAACCUUCAUUGAAUCAUUUUAUCCUUCUGUGGAAAACCUCACCAUCGACGACUUCGACUCCUUCCUUCCUCCUUUACAAUCGUCCUCUUACCACAGACUGCUCAGCUGGUCCUGCGACGCAUUUCCAAGUGAUGGCAGCGAAUGUACAUCUACAAUCACUGUGGACAGAUGCCGCCACGGCACGCAGUUCGCCGUCGGGUUUUGGCGGGCUGCCAACCGUUCAUGCGAAAAACAGGGACAAUUGGUCUCGUGUGUGGAUGCCACAAGAGACGUAAUUACGGAAUUCAGACGGAAAUUUGAAGGAUAUUCAGUCUUUAAUUUCAGAACUAUCGAGGGAAACGUGUGCCAAAACGUGGUUGUAGAAAUUCAUAACGCAUCCACAGUACAUUUUGUGCUAAAAGAUUUACAGGUCCCUUCUGUUGUUACACAAAUUUUUACCGAAUACCGCGGAACAAAUACGUCUUGCUACUACCCAGCUUUCCCUGUCCUGGCAGACCAGCCGUUGCGAUUGUUUCCAACAGGUGAUCGCUGCGGGACCGGCCAGAACCUGAUCAAGUUUGGGAUCAAUACAACUGCUCAGUGCUUGGUGGACAGAUCGGCCUUUAGAGAAGUCGAGGGAUGUCCGUCCAACGACGAAAUACGAACAUUUCUCACUUCAAAUGUUUCCUACAUAUGUAAUUGCGGCAAAUGCGAGACACCAUUACUACGGUAA